AUGCCACCAACAAGUCCCGUAUCGCCCCUGGCAAACGAGCACUCGGCGUUCAACAACGCACUCGCCCACUCGUUGAAGGAAUGCGGCGCCAUACGCUCCUCAACUCCGCUUUCAGCGCAAGAGCCGGACUGGUUCACGCCUACCCAAGAACGCCCAUACGGAUACCAGGCGCAGACAUACACAUCCGUCCCCGGUUUCACACCCCAGUCAAUCACGCGCUCGCCGCCAGCCUCAGAGACUCGCCCGCUCAUGUUGAAUGUCUCGCAGCCUGAGUCUCCGACGAGAUCUCUAGGCUCGCGCCGCGGAUACGCGCCCCAGUCGCCAGCGAGCCUAACCUCGCCACUCGGCUCACCCGUACAGUCUAUGGAUCCCUUUCGCUCUGUUAUCGCCUCGCCUCCGGCUUCAAUGAACUCCCGUCCCUUGCUCAGCUCGGCCCGUCCCACACUUGUAUCCGAAUCGGGGUCGCCCAAACCUCGUGCGCCUGCUCCUCACGUUCCCGGGCCAUUCCCCUGGGCAGCAUCGGUUCCUGCUGGCACUGCACGCGCUCUGGCACACCAACCCCAGCCGGUCUCGCCCAUCGGAGGACCACGCACGCCCACACGUCCCGUAGUCGGUGCCCAACCCUUCGUCCCGUCGCACGCUCCAGAGUCGCCUAUCGCAGGACCAUCCUCUGCUGGUUUCUUCACUCCAACCAAACAGAACCUGGCUCCGCCGCGCACACAGCGCCUAAUCACGCCUCCCGCCCGCAGCGCCUCGAAGGGCUCUCCCCUCCCCGCCCCCCAGCCGGUCGCGCCCGCCGUCCAGCUUCUCUCGCAGAACACAAUGACCAUGUUCAACACGUUCUCAGACUCGGACGGACACACGUCCCCCACCUCCAUGAGCCAGGAGCAGCACGACAUCGACCCCUGGCGUCCACUCCACCCCCUCGGGCGCGCAGGAUCCAAGCCACUCCGGUUCGAGCGCGAGCAGGCCGUCGACGGGGCCAUGCGCCAGCGCCUGCCGAUGCACAGUGAGGUCGUUUCCACUGAAAGCAGGCGGCAGGCAGGCGUGGCCGUACACAAGUCUUUGGUGAGGAUUGUGGCCGGAUCAAGCGGGGGCGCGUUUGAGACGAGUGGCGACCAGCGUCGCUUUUGA